ACUUGUUUUUAAAAGGCUGCAUUUGCAUUAAUAAAAGUUAAUGACUGCCGAUCAACUUUUAUAGAAGUUGAAUAUCGUAGUGCGCUUCAUUUUAUUUUUGAACCUUCCAACUGGUUUACAUAUCUCCCUAAAGGUUGGCAAAAACAAUAAAAAUAAAACUAGGUAAGUACUAAUAAAUUUAAGGUACAAAAGGUAUACCAGUUACUUGUCCGGUUUGGUAUAUCAUGGUCAAGAUCGAUACGAAGUAGGUUACAAACCUUUACAAAGCACACAGAACAAAGAAUUUUCUGCACUAAAUGUCACAAUACAAAAAGAUUUUUCUGGAACCGUUAAACAUUCUACUAAUGACUUUGGAUGUUUUUCAACUGAUUACCAUCACUGAUGGUCUAAAAAAGGGUUUGAGCUUCAAUUACAAAGGCAUAACGAGAUCAAACCAGUGGCUAAUGGCUAUAUCAUUGAUGUCCUCAUUAGUAAAUUUCAGUAGCUAUUAUCGCUAAACGAUCACCCAUCGCAAUCACCAAACCCAGGACCUUUACAUCAGUUUUAAUAUUAUAAAUGAAAGUUUAGCACAAGUCCAGUGAUACGGAAUCUUCAAAGACUAAUAUGAAUAACAUUAAUAAAUAUUUGACUCGUAUAUUUUUGAUUGUGUACAUUAUAUUAAUGCUAGUGUUUGGUUAUUGGGCGUCCGAUGCCUAUCGUCAAGAACGAGCUAAGCUUAAAUAUGCCAACCCAAAGUACAUAAAGGAUCCAGUAGUAUUCACUGGCAGAAGAAACCGAAACUCUCCGUACCAGACCAAUAUGAGUUGCACUAUUUUGGUACCUUUUGGAAAUAAUGUUAGCUUCGCGACCACAUUUACCAUGGUAUCUGGUGGAGAUUUCCGACUGGUGACCAAAGCCUGUGACUGCAGUAAAUCCAAGUGGAUCCACGACUUCAUGCAAUCCUAUACAAACCUGACACUUAAAAAGUGCCCCUAUCCUCCUGGAAGAUACGCGUAUUACAACAUAGAACUACCGCCGAAGAACAUUCCUCUACCAAUAGUACAAGGUGACUACUGGAUCAAGUUCGAGUUCUUUGUAACUGAUACCAAGGAACCUAUUGUGGAGGUCGACUCAUUAUUGCACUAUGAUCCAACAGCUAAUGCUAAAAGAUCGAAAGGGAAGAAGGGUUAAACAAUAAAUUAUUUAUAUUAUCU